AUGAAAUUUUUCGGAAUUUUGAAUCCCUUACUGAAGUCCAUUUUCCAAGUACACUCAAAUCAAUUGGUUUCGCAGCUUUUGCGACAUUCUGAUUAUCUUGAUUUUGGUAAUUUUAGCUUUUCUAGAUGUUCUGAUCUUCAGAAGUGUAUUUUUGUUGGGGAAUCGAUACCACUUGAAAAAUAUGGAUUGGAUAAUAUGGGACUUUCAAAAAGUCGAAUUGGAAAAAGAACAUUUGAUGGAUGUAGUAAUUUAAGUGAAGUGAUAUUGCCCGAGAGAACUUCUAUCAUUGAAGACGAUGCGUUUAGUUAUUGCCAAUCUUUGAAAACGAUUUAUCUUCCCCGAUGUUUAGAAAAAAUCAGUCGGAGUGCUUUUUAUUAUUGCGAAAAUCUUGAACAAGUAAAAAUUCCAAACAUCAAUGACCCCAAAAAAUUUGUUGCACAAUUUCCAGACAAUUUGAAACAAAUUGAAAAAUGUGCGUUUUAUAAUUGUGAUUUUCAAAAAGUUGUUUUUGGAGAGAAAAUUGAAUACAUCGGAGACUACGCAUUUAAAGAUAACGCAUUUUUGAAUGAAAUACUUUUCAAUUCCAAUAAGAAAGUAACACUUGGAAAUGCCGCUUUUAAAAAUGCACAAGUAACUGCAAUAAUUACUCAAAAAGACCGCAAAGAGUGGAGUAUCGAUUUUGGAGAACAUUCGUUUGAAGAUUUAGUCAAUCUCAUUAGCUUCCCAUUUCCUAAUAUAGUCUCUGCUUUCGCUUCAUAUUGUUUUGCAGAUUGCUCAAAUUUAAAAGAAAUUAUUGAAGUUUGUGGUGUUGGUGAAAUUGGGAAAUUUGCGUUUUUCAAUUGUUCAUCAAUUUCUUCAGUACGAAUAGAAGGGGCCGUUGACAUUCUUGGAGAUGGGUGCUUCAAAAAUUGCAUUUCACUUGUUUCAAUAACAUUACCAAGCAAUUUACGAGUUAUUAGAGAUGAGAGUUUUGAAAAUUGUAGUAAACUCUCAGUAUUUGAUAUGCCACAAUGUGUCAAUCAUAUAGGAUAUCACGCUUUUAUGAAUUGUGUUUCUCUUCCUAAUUUUAAAAUUAAUGAGAAUACGAUAUUUCUAAGUAUGGGAUGUUUAUGUGGAUGUACUCAACUCGUUAACGAUAAUAACAUUCCAAAAGAAUGUUUCGAUUAA